CUGGCAUCGUGGGGGUCACAUGUGUCUUCCCCAUCGACUUGGCAAAGACCAGGUUGCAGAAUCAGAGGCCCGGUCAGCAGGUCUACAAGAGCAUGAUGGACUGCCUUGUGAAAACAGUAAAAUCUGAAGGCUACUUUGGCAUGUACAGAGGUAAGAUUCAUGCACAUCUGAAUAUUAAGAACCAGAAGGUCAGAACAUGUCCACAAAGAUAAUUUGUAGUAGAGGUUUAACAUUGAAAUAUGUACUACUAGGUACUUUUGUUCAGUGCAUGGGAUACUUUACAUUUAAAUGACAUACUGUGGUUAUGAGUAGAGUCUGACUGAUGGAUUUUUGUGGGUCAAUGUUAGAAGGUAAAUAAAUAUCCGAUGUUUAUAUUCAGAAAAUGAGUGAUUCCUAAGAUGUCCUCAUCAAACCUUUUAUGACUAAAAUGUAUUUUAUCUUUUACAAUUUAUCUUUUUAUUUUAUCUUUUACAAUUUAACCACAAACUUAUAUAUAUAUAUAUAACUAAAAGAAAUGCUAAUACAAUGAAACAUUUUUAAACAUUUGAAUUAAGCGCUGUAAGGUUCAUAUCGACCAAAUGAUGUCAGUCGGGCUCUAGUUAUGACUUUUUUUUAAAUAGUUGUAAAAACAAAAGUUGCAAAAGUGGUAGUUGUAGUCUGGUGGGGGGUUUUUUUAACAUGCAGUCAGUAGCCAAUCAGACCAGUCCUGUUUAAUUAAUGAUCAGUUCACUGACUUUUGAUGUAGAACAAGAAAAUGUGGACAUAGCUCAUGUGAGAAAAAUGGAGACCUUUAGUCUGGUCUCAGCCUGUGUGAGGAAUGCUGUUUGUCUGCAUCUGUGUUUUUCAUAUUGCAGACGUGGGUCCCCUGGGCUAUUGAAGGCUAGCCGAUUAUGGCGCAGCCACGCUGGAGGCAAAUCAUUACAUGGCGCUGCAGUAAACUUGACCCUGGUCACCCCGGAGAAGGCCAUCAAGCUGGCUGCUAAUGACUUGUUUCGCAACUAUCUUAACAAGGAUGGAAAGGGGCUGACGGUGUUUAAAGAGAUGCUGGCAGGUUGUGGUGCAGGGAUGUGCCAGGUCGUUGUCACCACGCCCAUGGAAAUGCUCAAGAUACAGCUGCAGGAUGCAGGCAGACUCGUGGCCCAGCAGCAGAAACCGGUCAUGAUGACUCCUGCAAAGCUCGUGGCCACUAACACGGUGCUCAGCCGCUCCUACAACUCGGUGGCCACGGCACCCCGAGCUGUGUCGGCCACUCAGAUUGCAAGGGAGCUGCUUCAGACUCAGGGCAUCCGGGGGCUCUACAGGGGACUGGGAGCAACACUAAUGAGGGAUGUUCCCUUCUCUAUAGUCUACUUCCCACUGUUCGCAAACCUGAAUCGCCUCGGAAAACCCUCCCCCGAGGGAUCGUCCCCGUUCUACUGGGCCUUCUUCUCAGGCUGCGCAGCCGGAUCCACUGCAGCAGUGAUUGUUAAUCCCUGUGAUGUGGUGAAGACGAGGUUGCAGUCAAUGAGCAAAGGGUCCAGUGAGGAGACAUACACUGGUGUCGUGGACUGUGUGAGUAAAAUCAUGAGGAAGGAGGGGCCGUCUGGUUUCCUGAAAGGAGCCGGCUGUCGGGCUCUGGUCAUCGCUCCUCUCUUUGGAAUUGUCCAAGUUAUGUACUUUGUUGGCGUUGGAGAAUACAUCCUGGACAACUCGCCCCUGAGCCUCCUGUCGGUGUGAACCCACAUCAGCUUCCUGUCUAUGAAUACAACCUUUUGGGCGUAAAUUACGUAAUAACUGGCAGCUACACACCACCAGUUAACAGCAGAAGAGGAAAAAAAACUACACAAGGCUUGUUUGACUAAGUCAAAAAGGCUUUGAGAUGUGAAGACUUGUAUUUCAUCUUUUGUAUGAUGUGUUGCACUUCAGACACUUUUCAGACGUGUUCAGUGAGGCUGUGGCCAGCGUUAGCUCGAGCUGUUAGCCUUACUGAGUUGAGGGACUCGGAGUCGCAGUGUUAUUCUCUUUGUCCUGAGACUGUCCUAUUGUGUUCCCCUCUGUGAGGGCGUGGAGCUCGCUCCUUCAAAGAGGCCGGUGGGUUUUCCUACAUGUUAUCACAUUUCAUAUUAUUUUCUGUUUGUGCGUCUUUCCUCCUUUUUCCAUUGUUGUCUCAUAUUUCACUUUGGAACACGAGGCUUCAAAUGGGGAAACAGUGGAACCUUUUACAUUUUUUCUAUUUAAAGGGAUCUUUUUAUUUUUUACUUUAAUAUACAGCAUUUCCUGUGAUAUACGUGUUAAAUUGGACUGAUCGUGAACCUUCCUAGUGACGUGGGACCAGACGGUUUGAAACCAUGAAUAGUGUCCUGCUUGCUACUUGACAUUAGCGCUUCUGUUGUUUAGUAGUUUGUAGACAACAAUGUUUGUAUCUUAAUAUCUGCAAAAACUUGAUGCAUUCAUGCACAUUGUAUAAGUAUGUGUUUGAUCACAUACCCUCAGUUUAGAGACUUGCAUAUGCAGACCUACCAUCUCUAUCACCGGUUACUGUGUUUUCUGCCCUAACAGUGGAAGUUAGCAUUUCUCUCUGAGGAAACGAUGCUCUUGGCCAAAAAACAGCAUUAAUAUUAUUGUUACUGUGACCUUGUGACAAAUGACUGUUACCUUACUUUGCGUUUGAUGGCUUUUUGUAUAUAACGUGUAUAUAUUUAUAUAUAUAAUUCAUUAAAACCUGCAAACCACUCA